GGACUAUACCUGCACUCCCCCACGUCUUCAAUACAAUAAAAGGCGCUUGCCUGCAUUGGUCUUGUGUUUCUACCGCAUGAAUCGGUAUCAUGCUAGACCAAAUUUCGAUUCCUUCGGUGCCUCAAGGGCCACUGCCUCAACCGCACUUGGCGUACGAGCAAUCCAGUCAAGCUAGGAAGUGGCACUUCACCACUCGACAGCUGCACGAUCUACGCAAAGCUAGCAGUGACGCAACCAAGUUGCGAGUCCUGAAGGCCUGGAAGGCCGAGGAAGAUGCCGUUCUGCCAUCAGACACGGUGCCACCGCCUGUAGCAUUGACUUCUGCAGCUCAAGUGGAGCAGGAGCUUCCUUCUCUCGAAGAGCAGCAGGCGCUCAUCAUAUUCUACAUGCUCAAAAUACCUGGUCUGACUCGUGCCUUCAAGCUUCCGGAAUUGGUGGAAGCUUCAGCAACGACAUAUAUGAAACGGUUUUACCUCCGCAAUACGCCCUUGGACUAUCAUCCAAAGAACAUCAUGCUCACAUGCAUCUAUCUCGCAACGAAGACGGAGAAUUACCCGAUCUCGCUGGGAUCAUUCUCGCAGCGCAUUGCUGGCAAGAACACAACGCCAGCAGCGAUAGAAGAAAUUCGUAAGGCGAUCAUUGAUCUCGAAUUCCCAAUUUCUCGGGCGCUUGACUUCGAAUUCUCUGUUCACGGGGUACACCGUUCCUUAACGGGGCUCCUCCUUGAGAUAGCGUACACCUCUCAGCAACGCGACGCAACUGCUGCCACAGCGGCAGCAGUAGACGAAGUGCUCUCAAAGGAAGCACGCCUCCACGCUUCCACCUCGCGCCUUACAGAUGCAGAGCUGCUCUUUGCGCCGGCGCAAAUCGCAUAUGCAUGCGUGCGCAGGUCGGGCGUGGCGAGCGACAAAGGCAAGCAGGCGUGCAGGGAAUGGUUUGACGGGUUGCAGGCGAGGGCGAGAGACAUGAGACGGCGAGAGAGGGAAGAGAGGAAGCGUUGGCAGGAAGGAAAUGCUGUGCUUGCGGAAGGGCAAGAGAAGGGAAGCGGCGUGGGCGAGCGCAGCCAUUCAGACUCUACCGCCAAGGGGAGAUCGGGCGACAAGAACUGCAAUGGAGAUGGGCCUCAUCCGAUGGAAAAACAGCUGGGCGACGACGUAGAAGAUGUGCCCCUGAGAGUCAGCUUUGAGGAACUUGAAGCCAUUGCAACUCGAGUGGAUGGCAUGAUUACCAAGAUGGAGCAGAACAAAGCGGAUAUCAAAGCGGACACGGUCAAGGACAUUGACAGAAGGUUGAAAUUGUGUCAAGAUCCGGUCAACAUCCCUGGCACUAAAUUAAACAUUAAGGCAGAAGCCUACCGCGAAGCCGCUGCUACUCAACGGCGAAAGAGGAAGGCGCAUGACAGCGCGAGCGCAAGCAUCUCUAACUCUGCUGGUGCUGCAGGACCGCAUGGGUCUAAAGCAGGGACAUGUUCGUUGGCAGACCCCUUCGCGGACGAUUUCAAAGGCGAUACCAACGCGCCCAACCGCGGUGGCGGCCUUUUUGGGAAUGCCAUUGCCAAGAAACAGAAGUUGGAGAAUGGCGAGAGCGCAUGAAUACAGGAAAAUGCGUUGUAAACUUUCGAAGAAUUCUAUCAUAC